AUAGUAGUUACCAGUCUUUCACAUUUUAUCGGAAGGAAGAUGGCGGAUAAAUUUAAAAUGAUUCACAGGGGAAAGCCAAUAUGUUUUCAUAAGUGAAAGCUUCUCGUGUUUAUGGAAUCCUUCGAGGAAUAUUUCAGCUCCCAGGAACUCCAACAGCUUAGGCAACAACAACCUCAGAAUCUACCACAACUCAGAGGAGCAAAGCAAAAUGCUCCCGAUGUAAAUAACAUUGAGAGCCAGCAAAGAGAAAUACAGGAAAUUAUAUAUGGACACAUUGGAGUUUUGAAAGAAGAAAGGAUUAUCAGGAAGGGAAUUAUCUCUACAGCAUCAUGGGACAGUGAUAAUUCUUAUUCAGUAGUUACAUCACAAAAGGGAAGUUACUGGAAUUAUUUUGGGAAGAGAUGUCAAGACAAGAUGAUUUUAAAUGUAGAAGAGACUCUUUUCCUUGUUGAGCAGGGCUGCUUAGAGUUAUAUCAUGGUGGUAUUCCUAUGUCAGUACAACAGACAUUCUCUAAUCUGAUCCCAUGUUUAGUAAAGAUGUCUUUUAAUCACUAUUUGGUUUAUGGUUACCUACUAAGACUUGGCUAUGUUGUCUGUCGACAUCAACAGAGACUAUCUGCUGAUUUUAAGAAACCUCUACAAACGUUGGACUUUAGACAAUCAGCUCAACAGAGCCAUGAUCUUGAAUGUGAUCAUGCAUCAUGUAGCAGUGCAACUUUGGUUCAACCAAGAGAUGCCAAAACAACUGCAUCAGUCUUGUCAAAACUGCAGGUUAUAAAGACACAUAGAAUGGACACAGUUGUUCCUCCCUCWAAAGGAUCAUAUUACAACAUAGACUUUGAUGUUUAUCUUCCUGGGGCUCACUUCAAGAAAUCAGACCCAGGGAAGCCAGCCUUUUGUAUUUCAGUGUGCAGAUAUUCAGAUCCUCCUCCCUCUCUUGCUGUACUUAACAACUUGGCUCAGCAGUGUCAUCCAGUACCACUAAAGUUUGCUUUAACCGAUAAUGGUACUAUCACUAUAAACAGCUUAUUAGAUGUUGAAUUACCUGUGUAUGUAACAAAUGAAUGAGAACAAUUUCAUGAAUAAAGAUGUUAUACACUGUUAA